CCUGCUUACUAGGCUACUAACGGAGGACUUUGGUUCCUAUUCAUUCUAUAUGCGCCUAGGGGAAAGUCCCCGGACCCGUGGCAGCGAAUGCCCCGCUUUGAAGCGGUUCCCCUUGUCUGUAAUUUCCGCAUUGAAAGCGCCAAGAUGUUCUUCACGACGGAGCGCGCGGACACAGAUGGGGCAUCCGUCUAAGCCGGAAGUUACGCAGGUAAUGUACAGAGUACAUCAACAACACGGGGCUCAUUCUCAGAAUGCCCGCUUUUUAACGGCCAUCGUCAUGGAAACCGUCUCCAUGGUCACCAACCAUUAGAGGUGGUAUCUACGCCCUUCAAAGCAGCAAGUUUUAUUUUCCUCCUUCAAAGGCGAAGUUCGAAGUUAAUAUAAUUCCGUCCGACGGCUUGGCUGUUAUCACUACAGAUUAUCAGGAUACAAUCGUGUUUUGAUUUUUUUUAAAUCGAGGGAAGACGCGGUCGAGGUCACGUGACGCGGGUGAGUGCGCAGGCGCGGAGCGGAGCCAGGCCGUAGCAGACCCCGGGCUUGUUUGGAGAGUUUACCGGGGUGGCCGCCAGCAGGAUUAUGCUGGGGCUCGGGCAGUGCCCCAAGGCCCGGCUCUCCGGGUAUGUGGAGGACUACUUGGAGAGUGUGGAGGCAUUACCGCUGGAGCUGCAACGGAGCGUCUCCCUUCUGAGGGAGAUCGACACCCAGUACCGAGAAGUUUUAAAGGAACUUGAUGAUGCUUAUGAAAAGUAUAAGCAAGAAACGGACAUCACUCAAAGAAAACGAUUGCUGCAUCAACUCCAGCGAGCAUUAAUUAACUCUCAAGAGCUGGGAGAUGAGAAAAUUCAGAUUGUUUCUCACAUGAGUGAGCAGGUAGAGAAUUGUGCAAGGGAGAUGGAUAGUCACUCAGAAUGUUUUGAGGACCUAAAUGAACAUGAGCGGUCUAUUGAGAAGAUCAAAAUGGAAGUGUCUCAAACGGAAAGACCUUCCCGAAGGCUGCGUCGACAGAAAAAUGGUGAAAACCGUGACUUGUGUCAUGUUGGUAAUGAAACUGAAGAGGGAGAGGAGCCUCCUAAAGAGAAAAGAUCAAAAUCCUCAAAAAAGAAGCGCUCAAAAGCUAGACCUGAAAGGGAAAUCUCCCCUAUUGACUUUCCUAUUGAUCCUAACGAACCCACUUACUGUCUGUGCAACCAAGUAUCUUAUGGUGAAAUGAUAGGAUGUGAUAAUGACGAAUGUCCAAUUGAGUGGUUUCAUUUUUCCUGUGUAGGCUUAACAUACAAGCCAAAAGGCAAAUGGUAUUGUCCUAAAUGCAGAGGUGACACUGAAAAGACUAUGGACAAGUGCAUAGAAAAAUCAAAAAAAGAUAGGAAGUCAAGGUAGUGACUACAAUAAAUAUUACACAGUUUUAAUAACUUUCAACAUCAUGUAUAAGGCAUCAGCUUAAAUUGUAUGUAUAACUAUGCAAUCAUUUUUACUAUGGUAUUAAACAUGGCUGAAUUCUAAUUAAUGUACAUUGACUUGUGUACCCCAAAUCGUAUUUGCGAAGAUUUGCUUAUUUAAGCAGCUUUUAAAGGAGCUCAAAGUAGCUGAAUACAUAUCUCUCUGCAUCUAUGGAUUUAACAUCUAGGAAGUGUAUAACAUUUAAGGAGAGUACAGUCCUCCUGUUGAGACACUGGAAGUGGUAACUUAGUUUAUUGCAAAGGUUGGCCAGAUAUAAUUUGUGUGGCCCUUCAGGUUUAGUCUAACACAAUUUGGUGCUUACAGUAGCAACAGUGUUAUAGAUUUUGGCAUCAUAUUUAGGAGUUAAACUUUAGCUUGUGGUACUUUAAUUAGCUGGAUGUGAGUUUGCUCGCUGAGCUGAAAGGUUAGUUUUCAGACGUUUUGUCACCAUUCUAAGUAACAUCAUCAGUGAGCCUCCAAUGAAGCGCUGGUGUUAUGUCCCACUUUCUGAGCUACAAAUCUUCUCAAAACUCACUAGUACUUUAAGUAGAUUUGAUCGAAAGCUGCUUUAAACUUUUGUGCAAGUGCACUCAUUAUUCUGAGAGAAGCAAAAUAGUCUAUAUCUUGGACCACAUUAUUACCUCCAGCACCAUCAUCAGCAUGAGAUGUCAAAUCUGAGGCACUGAAUUGAGGGUCAGUUUUGAUUAGCACUUGUAUUCUCACUUGGCUUCCUCCUACAUCUCCAUGAUAAACGUAAGUGAAAUUCUCAUGUAUCCUGAAACUCCUAGAAAAGCCAUUUCAUUCUCUAGAAGAAUAAACAGAAUCCUGAAUUGUUGUAGUCUUUCAGCCUGUUGAGUCUGCACCAGCUCUGAAUGAGCAUAAUUUCAGUGCUACUUUCCUGCCUUUUCCCCAUAACACCAAACAUAGUUUCUGUUUAAAUAAUCAGCUCAUGUUCUUUUGAAUGCCUCAGUUGAACCUACUUCCACCAUGCUUCCAGGUAUUCCAGACUUUAACUAUUCACGAUGGGACAAUUUUGUUUUUCUCACAUUGAGUAUCUUUAUUCUGCAAAUCAUAUGCAUAUGUGCCCUCUCAUUCUAGAUGUUUCCAUAAAACAGAACAGUUACUCCCAGUUUACACUGUCCAGACUCCAUUGUGGUGAAGAAAGAAUAUCAAAGCUCCAAACUGUUUUCAAAACUGAUGUGUCUCAUCCAGAAUCAUUCUCAUAACCAUUUUCUGCAUUCUACCUGAUAUGUUUUCAUCCAUUUUAAACUGUAGGACACAGAACUACUCAGUACUCCAGCAGAGAUCUAAGUUCAGCUGACCUCAGUGCAUCACCUCUCAGUCUCCUCACUGAACUUCAGCCAAGUGCCCUCCUUUAUAGAAUUUGGAAGCAUUGCAAACUUGAGAAUUUCUCCCUGCAUGCCAAGGUCAGGACCUUCAAUAUAAAGCAGGGGUCCCUAUACAAACUCCUAGUUAACAUCCCAGUAAUCAAUGUGGUAAACCUUUGCACUUACUCUAUAACAAGGACAUCCUCCCUCGGAUAAGGAGACCAAAAUGGCGUGCACAAUAUUUCAGGUGUUGCCUCAUCAGUGGUCUGCAUAAUUCUUGCAAGACUGCUUUGUUCCUGUACUCUCAUCCUCUUGCUAUGAAGGCCAAGGUACAGUUUGCUUUCUUUACCUACUGAACUUGCACACUUACUUUCAGUGACUGGUGCACAUAGACAUCCAGGUCUUGUUGAACAUUCCCCUCCCAAUUUGUAGCCAUUCAAAUAAUAAUCUGCCUUCCUGGGUUUUUUUUUU